UGUGACGGCGCGUGUCAGAAUAGUUUCGAGUGCGCGUGUGUCGCCGCUCCCUGGUAUCGAUCUGUCGGCAGACCGCAUUGCUGUACAUUCCGGAGGCGGUGCCUCGCCUAGUUUUCGUCGAUUGUCGGCGUGGCGGGCGCGUGUCGGCGUCGGCGGCGGCCCGGACGGCCCUGCGCAGUAGCGGUGUGAGCAGCGCGGGAGCGACCGACCUUCCUUCUGCCAAAACAGGCUCGCUGUCCGCGGCGGACGGCUGUGAUGUAGCCGGGGCCGGCGUGCGAGCGGCCUUCGGACAAAGGAUCCGCGCGAUACGUGAUUCGCAAUGAAGAAGUUCACUUUCAAGGGGGUGCUGGACGGGUUCCGGAGCUCGGUGCAGGCGGCGCCGCGCGGGACCGAGCAGGAAAUACAGGAGACCUUGCGUCCGGAUCACUUCCAGAUUAAAAAGACAUUCCGCCAUGGGUUCCCGUUUUCGCCGACGGCUCUGGCAUGGGACCCCGUGCAGAAGCUACUGGCCGUGGGUGAUAAAGGCGGCAACCUCAGAUUACUAGGGGGUCCCGGGGUAGACGCGCACGUGCGCCACGAGGCCGGCGAGGCGGUGCUACACGUGAAGUUCCUGAUCAACGAAGGUGCUCUCGUCACAGCCACCGCUGAUGACCAACUCCACCUCUGGACCUUCAGGCAGAAGAUAGCACAAAGAGUCCAAUCGCUCAAAUUCCAGAGAGAACGAUAUUACAUCAAACUAUCACGACAGACUAAAGAACUGAAGGGGAUAACCUGCCUCCAUUUACCUCUUCAAUCGAAAUGGAUCCACGUGGGCACGGAGCGCGGGAACGUCCACGUGGUGAACAUCGAAACGUUCGCGCUGAGCGGCUACGUCAUCAACUGGAACAAAGCCAUCGAAGUAACGAGGCCGAACCACCCGGGCGCCGUCGUCGACGUUAGCGAAAAUCCACUAGACGCCAGCAAAUUAGUAAUUGCGUAUGAAUCGGGUCUGGUGGUGGUAUGGGACCUGCGGGCGCGAGCCGCGGAGUGGAGAGGGUCGCUGGGCACGGGCGGGCCCGGCGAGGCCGUGCGCGCCGCGGCGUGGCAGCACGACGCCAAGCUCAUGACCGCGCACGCGGACGGCGCGCUGGCCACGUGGAGCAUGCGCUCUCCGAGACCUACCUCCUUGUCGUACCCGCACGCGAAAGCAAACAAGGACGGAAAACCAGAACCCUGCAAACCUAUACUCAGACUGGAAUGGAAAACUUCAAGAACAGGAGAAAGUUUGGUGAUAUUCUCCGGCGGCCUGCCAACCGACAAAGCUGGGCGGACGCAUAGCAUCACGGUGCUCAACGGAAAGAGUACCACCGUGCUGGAAAUGGAGCACAGCGUGGUCGACUUCGUCACCCUCUGCGAGAGCCCUCACGCUGCCGAUUAUCAAGAACCAUACGCGAUAGUGGUGCUACUGCAGAACGACCUGGUCGUAAUAGACCUGCUGACUCCCGGCUACCCCUGCUUCGAGAACCCUUACCCCAUGGACAUACACGAAUCACCUGUCACAUGCUGUUGUUAUUUUGCUGACUGCCCCUCGGAUUUGAUUCCAGCAUUCUACUCAGUGGGCCGACAAGGCAACAAGAAGGCGGCCGGCUUCAGCGAGAAACUCUGGCCCAUCAACGGCGGCGAGUGGGCGCCGGCCUCGUGCUCCUACAGCGAAAUUAUACUCACUGGGCACGCAGAUGGCAGCGUGAAAUUUUGGGACGCGAGCGCGGGGACUUUGCAAAUACUGUACAAAUUAAAAUGUUCGAAAGUGUUCGAGCGGCGCGGCGGCUACGAGGAGGAGUCCCCGCUGGCCGUGCAGCAGGCCGCGCUGUGCGCCGAGUCGCGCCGGCUGUGCGUGGCGCUGCCGCACGGACACGUCGUGCUCUUCAAGUUCCGCAAGGCCGAGGUGCACGCCGAGACGCACGUCGUCGAGGUGCCGGUGAUAACCGACGCGGUGGAGGAGGAGACGUCCCCGGAGGCGGAGAGCGGCCGGUCCGCCUCCCUCGGCAGGGGCGCGGAGAGCGUCGAGGGCGAGGGCCGAAGGUCGGGCUCGUGGGCGGGCAGCGCGCUGCGCGUGCGCGGCUGCGCGGGCACGGGCGGCGCGCGGCGGGCGCCCGGCUUCCAGGCCGCGCUGGUGGCGCUGCAGCACGGCCCGCCGCACCCCGUCACGGCGCUCACGCUCAACUCGUCGUACGGCCUCAUGGCGUGGGGCGGCGAGCGCGGCAUGGUGGUGCUGGACGUGUGGCGGCGCUGCGUGGUGGCGGCGCUGCCGGCGCACGCGCUGUACCUGCCGCACCCGGAGGCGCCGCUGGCGCGCCACGAGCGCCGCUCGCCCGAGCUGGACCAGUUGGAGGAGUCACCAGCCAGCCCCGAGCCUGCCGAGGAAGCACUGCCGGACCCAAAGCUUGACACGAGACGCAAAUCCACACCAUGGAAGAACUUCAAUCUGAAACGUCAAAUUUCUAAAGUUGACCUUAAGCUCAAAGCUGCCUUCGGGCCGCAAGAAAACGAGGAAAUCGUUGAAAAAGGGAAUUCACAAUUCUAUUGUGAAACGGCUGGUACAUCCGAGGCGGCGCCUGAAUCUAUCACCGACUCACCCGAAGGCGAAGACGCGGGAGAACGGAGAGCAGACGAAGAUAAAAGCCAACUGUCGUCACCUUUACGCGUUUGUUCGGAUGUCUUCGAGCGAAUGCAUCGAGAACUACAAGAGAAACGAGCAGCUGAUGUUUAUGACAGAAUGCAUAAAGAACUUCAGGAAAGAUGGCAGGAUAAAGAACGAGGUGAAAUAACGCCUGACAUUUCCCCCUCUCGGAUCGGAGACGACGAAAAAGCUACACGUCCUGACAAUCUUCCUCUUUUCGAUGAAGAUGGCAAGCCACUGCGACCACCUCGUUCGAAAGCCAAGAGAAAAGAGGACACAAAGGACCAGAGAGACCAGAGAUUGCUAUCAGUGCCCAAUAUUAAAUACAACAAGCAGGAAUCGGUAAAGGACCUGCGAAAGAAGCAAGCGACUCAACAGUCGCAGUCGUUCGCCGGCAACCUGAUGCGGCGGUUCAGAGAGCUUGUAGCGAGACUUUGCACGAGAAACGAACGAAAUGUCGAAGAGGAAUUAAACGAAGUAAUAGAAGUGCCCAACGUAUUAGACAAGCUGGACAGUUCGUUCUCGCGGUCGCGCUCCAGCUCCAUGUCCAGUCUUGAGAACAUAUCGCAGGAAGGCAUUCAGUGCCUCGCCUUUGCCGACAGCUAUACGAAGAGAUCGGAUCCCACGACGUUGCUGCCGACCUUGUGGAUAGGAACGACGUUGGGCUCGGUGCUCACAAUGAUGAUCAGCUUGCCGGAAGCCGACCUGCGCCACACGCAGCCAGUCGUUAUUUCCACGAGCGGCGGUCCAAUAUUUAGGUUAAAGGGUUCAAUAUUGGCCAUGUCAUUUUUGGAUUGUAAUGGUGCUUUAAUUCCUUACUCGUACGAGAGCUGGAAGGACGACAGUAAAGACGGUCGGGAGCGGCGCGAGCGCACGCCCACCAAGCAGAGCUCGUCGGGCAGCAGCCACAUGAGCCCCCCGCCGGCCGGCGCGGAGGCGGCCGCCGACCGCCAGUUCGUGGUCAUCGCCUCGGAGAAGCAGGCGCGCGUCGUAGCGCUGCCCAGCCAGAACUGCGUCUACCGCCAGCAGAUUGUCGACACGGACUUUGUAGUCAAAUCGGAGAUUGUAAGCUUAAAAGAUAGCGUCUGUCUGGUGAACUACUUGUCGACGGGUCACUUGGCGGCGUACAGUCUCCCCUCCCUGCGGCCACUCGUACACACGGACUUUCUGCCGCUCUCUGAACUCAGCUUCCAGACACAGUCCAAACAGAGGGGUAUCGUAGACCCUAUGCUCUCCAUAUGGGGCCAGCAACUGAUAGUUAACGAGGACACGGACCAAAUAGCGAAGACGUUCUGCUUCAGUAACCGCGGACACGGCCUCUACCUCGCCUCGCCCACGGAAAUACAAAAGUUUACUAUCGACGCUGAGUUCUGUCAGCAACUAAACGAAAUGAUCGGAGAGCUGUUCCUGCCGCGGGACAUGCCCGAGCCGCCCAAGGAGAGCUUCUUUCGAGGGCUGUUCGGCGGAGGGUCCCGGCCGCUCGACAGGGAGGAACUAUUCGGCGAGAGCAGCGGCAAGCCGAGCCGCAGCGUGGCCAAGCACAUCCCGGGGGUGGAGGGCGCGGGGCAGCGCGUGGUGGCGGCCACCAGCGAGGUGGCGCGCGCGCACCAGAUGGUGGUGGAGCGCGGCGACAAGCUGACGCAGCUGGAGGACCGCGCCGAGCGCAUGCACUCGCAGGCCUCCGAGUUCUCCAGCUCGGCGCACCAGCUCAUGCUCAAGUACAAGGACAAGAAGUGGUACCAGCUGUGAGACGCCGCUUCGCGCGAUGUGAUAAUGUAAAUAGUAAACGAUACUACACUACACUUAAUCUUUUUAUACAGCGUACCUUAUGUAUUACCGUAGUGGUUUCUCUAUAUCGCACUCUUCCCGUCUCGCGUUUUCUCUUGUUUUCGACACUGUACUCUGUGAUUCGAGAUGCGAGAGCGUGUGAGUGAGUCGGCAGCCCCUCGGCUGACCGGGCGAACGGCGCGUUUGGGUUACCGUUGAGAUAGUGUUACGUUGCGAUAGUGUUGCGUCGAUAUGAGAUUAUUUAAAGUUGCUACCUUAAAGAUAACUUAAGUAGAUGUAAUUUUUUAUAGAUACGAGCGAACGGAACGGAUGAAACCACUGUAGUCGUUGUGAAUCGUGUUGAUCUGUGUAAAGUAAAUAUUUAUAAAUAAAUGAAUAAUAUAAAUUUAAAUGAUUGAAAAGUUAAGCAUUGGAUGACAAUAAUUUUGUUACAUUUGUCCGGAGUUUGGUUUCGCGCCGAAAGCGUUCCUGUUUGUUUAUUCUACACAAAGUCUUCUAUUGAAUACCUCUUUUAAAAGUGUACCUACAUAUAUUAUAUGACUUGUUGAUCUUGUUGAUCCUGUUUUCAUUCUAACACUUCGCUCUUUCGAUAUAUUUUAAAUUAUUAAUUCAUAUAUAUAUUAGGUAUGAAAUGUGCAUAAAAUGAUGUUAUUAAGAUUUAAUGAAUCAUUCGAGGUGCGCCUCUUUGCAAUGAUAGCAAUACAACGGACUCCGGCCCGAGUGGACCUGACCAAUAGGUGUCGUGUCGAUGUUGUUAGCUGAUUAACUAUUAACGAAUGAAACCGAAUGAAGCGAUAACUAAUAUACUAUGUAAAGUAUCGAUUAAGUAACGCACUGCGCGUCGCAAAUAAGAGAUAAGUUCGUGCGGAGAAUCGUCGCAGUUUAUGUGUAUAGGAACAUUUAUUAUUUCUGCUGCGAUCUGCCAACGACCGCAAGCCGGGCACGUUUCCGAACGAAUAAAACGCAGCGAGUACAGUCCGCUCAUUUGCCGUAGGUAGUGCGCUCGUAGGUACCGACGCGUCGCAGGGCAGUAAUCGCUUCGACGCCCGCAGCGCCGCGCGCUCGCUCAAAGUCAAACUGCUAAUCCGACCGAUCUUGACAGUUGGCACGUUUCUAAUCUGUGACGUCGAUCCUUUCGUUUAGUAAUCGUAGUGAGUUUUGUAUCAUCUAAUUCCAUGCGUAGAUUUCGGAUGCCAAAGGUGACUAUUUUGAAAAUCCGUUUUGUAUAUAAUAUCGAGUACACAACGCGCUAGGCGGUGUUUUAUAUCUCAUUUUGAAACGUUACAGUUCAUCUAGACGUCUGCGAAUAUGGCAACCUAGCGUUACUAUUGAAGGAAUAUAUUGGAAUAUUGUAAAAAAAUACGAAACGGAUGCUGUUCCGAUAUUAUAUCACUAACGUUAAUAUUUUAACCAGAUUAUUUUGGUAUGUAGACGCGUAUACACCCGAAGACGAAGACAGAAUUGAUUCGUGAAAUUUAAUAUUUUCUUAUCUAUAUUUAGUGGUUUUAGUGAAUGCAGAUGUUGGCGUUUUACAAGCUAUACUUAUUGUAUUACUAGGUCGUUGUAGAUGUCGGUCGCGACGCUCUCGGGACGCUCGAGUUUACGAGACGCUUAUGAAUCAGAACCAACAGGGACAACACACAGCACACAAUUUACAGCUCGGACAUUUCAUACAUCUAGCCAUCGUUUCCCCACAUCGUUAUGAACUUAACAAACUAUACCAGAUCAUGUUCCCAUACGGAAAUGAUUGUAUACACUGCAAUCCGCAUACAACUUGUAUAAGCACUCUCGGGCCGCGCCCCGAGGCGUCGCCGGACCGAACUCGUGAUGUGACGUAACGUCGUGUGUGUUAAGUUUAAACAAUUCUAUUUCUUGUUACUCGGCGCCCGCGCACUCCGACUCGGUCCCGGUCCAGCCCGGUCCGGUCCGGUCCGGAUCGAUAUGUUGUUUGCGCUUUCUCUAUACUUUUAACUAAAUGUUCCCAUUGAAACGCUAUUCACUUGGAAAUUAUGGGACUAAAUUAUUAUAAGGAUUGUAAAUAAAUAAUUAACAAAACUUGUGGCAAAUUAUUACUUGUUAAUCUUUAAUAUUCGUAGUUCAUUUAAAUAUUAUUUUGUAUGGAUUAGACGACUGUCUCUUUUUUAACGUUUGGAAACGAGGGAGUCACGAGCAUAUAUCUAUACAUAUUGUAUAUAAAGGUGCCGUUGAAUCAUAUUAUUUAGUUUGGUAGAUGAUAUAGUCAUUACAUAUAUAUAAAUAAAACGUAAAAAUAAAAUUAUAUCGAAAUUAA